CGCACACUCAGUUCGAAGAUCCUUGGAUAAUACUGACCUAUGGCACUCUCGCCUUGGACAUCCGUCUGUUGCAAAGUUACAUGCUUUGGAGAAUUUACUUCAUUUUUCUUUUGUUCGCAAUAAGGAGCCUUGUCGGUCUUGUUUGCGAGCUAAAAAAACUCGGAACUCGUUUGAGUCCAACACCAUUAAGACUAAGUCGGUUUUUUAUCUUAUGCAUGUUGACAUUUGGGCGGUUAUAAGAUUGCGUCUUCUUUAGGCUCUCAUUAUUUUCUAAAAUUGUGGAUGACUUUAGUCGUACAUUCUGGGUUUUCUUAUUAAAGUAUAACUUUGAUGUUGCUUGUCACCUACUCUACUUUUGUAAUCUGGUGCGAAUGCAGUUUAACACACAGGUCCGACGGAUCUGGGCUGAUAAUGGUCUCAAGUUUUCUUGCGCGGCUUUGACAUCCUCUUAUGAAUAAGAAGGGAUUGUUUUGCAGACCUCCUGCACUGAUACUCCAAAACAGAAUGGAGUAGUGGAGCGCAAACACCGGCACUUGUUGGAUAUUGCGUGUGCCUUGAGAUUUCAUGCCAAUCUCCCUCUCAAGUUUUUUUUUGGGGGGGGGGGGGGCAAUGCGUUCUGACAGCGGCUUGUUUGGUCUAUGCUCGUGAUAAUCAUCACAAUCUUUAUAAAUUAGGUGUGCGUGGGCACGCAUGUAUCUUUCUGGGUUAUCCUUCUUCUCAACGUGGGUAUCGCGUCUAUGAUCUCGAGCGUCAUAACAACUACACCUCCGGGAUGUGCAAUUUCUCGAGUCAAUGUUUCCUUACCGUGAUUUUGAUGGGGCGGAUACUCUUACUCCAACUCGUGUAUCCCUUUCCCCGACGAGUGCUCCUGGUCCUUCUCCCCUUAUCCAUGAAGACCUGCAUGUCCCAUCUCCUAUUGUUCCCAUUACUGAUAAGAACGAGCAACUGGCUUCCUCUCCUGCUUCUUCGCCUCUUGUGGAGUCACAAGCCUUCCUCGAUCUCUUUCAACAAUCCAACGAGCCCUUUCUCCCCUUGGAUCACACAACUGGCUCGCCCGACCCAGCUUCUUCUUCUCCUGAGUGCUCUAGUCCAGCCGACACUUCCCCUAAGGCAUCACCGAUUUCAUCUCCAACAGUGCCGCUCCAGGCAGUCCGGCGCGGUGACCGAGUUUGAUUCCCUUCUACUCGAUUGCGCGGUUUCAACAUUCAAUACCAGACACAACUCACUCCGCCACUGUUCAUUACCCUCUGGAUGAUUACGUCACUUACCAUCGCUUGUCCACUGCACACCAUGCAUUUGUUCCCGCGGUCAGUGCAAAUUUUGAGCCCACUUAUUUUCAUCAAGUUGUGCGCUGCAAGCAUUAGCGAGAUGCUAUGUAUGCGAGUUUCUUGCGUUGGUGGACAAUGGUACUUGGUCGAACGUUGACUUACCUCUAGGAAAGAAGUGCAUUUCUUGCCUACGCUUUUAUGAUUUUACUUACCUAUUUUGAUUCUGAUUUCACUAUAAAAUCUAUGGACCUUA